UUGAAUCUCCCUCCUAACCAGCUGCCCCCUUCCCAAGUGCUCCUAAGGGAAAACCCUCCAUUGACUUCGCCAGCACCACCCUCAGCCCACUUGAUUGUUGGAGCUCCUGCUUCCGACUAAAGACUCCAAUUUAUGGUUGUAAAAUGGAGCAGAAAAGGCCAUCCAUCUCCACCAAGUUAGAGCACCACAACUCACCCCUCUGCCACUCCCUGCCCCCCCUCCCCCCAAAAUGCCCUGCCUCCCUGCAGACGCACUUCACCAAUCGACGAAGAGUUGUUAAAGAUUUCUACAUCCAUCCACAACCUAGAACUGGAAAUCUCCACGCCCAUGCCCGGUCCUCUGCCGACACACUUCAUGGUCAUGGCGGAGAGGUGUUGUAUUUGAUUUCUCCCUCUACUUCAUGCAAGAGCCAACUGCUGAACAACCCUUGAACAACCUUGAAUGAAGGUGUCGGAGACACUCCUUACACGCGAUUAGCCUCUCAGAAGACCACUACCUUCUCCGAUAUUGUUGGCCAGCCAUCUGAGACUAUCCCUCCCUUGCUUGCCGCCUCCCUAAGCCCCUCCAAGAACCAUGUUGACUGCUCUUACUCAGUUGGUGGUGGGUGCCUUGCUUGACCGGAGAAACUCAACCACCGAAGCUUCCCCUCCUUGAGUGGUUGUCAGAGCUAUGCUUCCACAACCCCCGUCCGCCUUCUACCGUUGUCGGUGAGGGAGUUCGGCCGAUGGGGGAGGGGGGAGAUCCCCUCACCCAUUGAAGCUAGCUCCUGGGGUAAAGCUCUCUUGGCCGGAGGGGAAUGAGAGAGGACAUCCCUCACUUUUCUUUCUAGGAUUUCUAGAGGGAAGGUGGAUCUCCUUUCUCUAGAAUUUGACUGAGAGCUCUUUCACAUGUGAGAAUUGUGAGAGGGAUUAUAAAAGAGGAUUUUUUUUUCACACGUAUAGUCCGCUCUCUACCGCUUCAAAGGGGAAGAAGAUGAACUGCGAGUAGGAUUUUGGAAUCUCUAGAAUUUUGCUUUUAUCGAGCUGAAAAUAAAGAUCGAUACCGAGGUCCUGAAUGAGGUUAAAGAUCUGAAUUGCCUGGUGCCGGUUCUGUACUAUAGGUCCGAGUAACUUGCGGAGUUCGGGCACAGCCGGACUUCAAGUUGAGCUACGAUCGUCACAUGGGUGGGAGUCAUACUAGACACGUUCCCAUGCUUAGGCCCCGGUCCGGCUCCUUGGCUAUCAAAUCUCGCAGUGACCGGAAACGGUUGGCACUUCGAAAUCGGCGUUAAGGCGUUCAUCCGCUGGAUGGGGCGGCCGAAUAGGGGCGGCCCCUACACCACUUUUGCCCAUCGAAAAGAACCUACUUUGCAGGCGAUAAAGAUGUUUUUGCUCGCUCAACAACUAUAAGAAGCCUCCAGUGGUGGAUAGAUAGAGAAUAUAUCGACGGAUUAGCGAGUUAGAAAGGCACGCAACUUUGUAUGAGGAGGAGAAGGAUGGGCGCCGUUCCCCAGCAGCUGAUCGGAGACCGAAGGAUCAAUACUAACGUCCAAAUGAGCAAGGACGCCGGCCAUGGCGCUGUCCUGGAGGAGAUCGAGGGGCUCAUCAAGGUCUACAAGGACGGCUACGUCGAACGCCUCCCUGCUGUGCCCCAUGUCCCAUGCACUUGGGCCUGCGAGCCCGGCGUGACGAGCGAGGACGUCGCCCUCGCCGGUUCUUCCACCGACCUCUGGGCCCGCCUCCACAUGCCUGUCCACCGCCAUCAGAGGUUCCCUCUUCUCGUUUACUUCCACGGCGGCGGCUUCUGCGUCGGCUCCCCCGCCUGGCGCUGCUACCACGAGUUCCUUGCCCGCCUGACCUCUCACGCAGCCUGCUCGGUGCUCUCCAUUAAUUACCGCCUCGCGCCCGAGCACCGCCUCCCUGCGGCCUUGGAGGACGGCCUCGCAGCACUGCGCUGGGUGAGGCAGCAAGCGGCCGGCGUCCGCUUCGACGUCGGCCGCGUGUUCCUUGCCGGGGACAGCGCCGGCGCAGCCAUCGCAUACCACGUGGCGGCAGCCGUGGGGGCGGAGGCAGCGGCGGCGCUACGGCCGGCUUGCCUCAAGGGCGUGAUCCUGAUUCAGCCUUUCUUCGGCGGUGUGGAACGGACUUGGUCGGAGAAGAACCUAGCGCAGGCGGCGGAGAGGUCAGCGCUGAGCCUUGCGGCAUCGGACUGCUACUGGCGGAUGGCGCUACCUCCGGGAGCGAACCAGGACCACCCAUGGUGCAACCCGCUGGCGAAGGGCGCACCCCCGUUGGAGGGCCUGCGCCUGCCGCCUCUGCUGGUCUGCGUCUCCGAGUUGGACAUACUGAGGGACAGGAACUUGGCGUUCUGCAAGGCCUUGCGGAACGCCGGCAAAGGCGUGGAGCAUAAGACCUACGCCGGCGUUGGCCACGCUUUCCAGAUCCUCCAUAAUUACCACAUGUCUCAAGUCCGGACGAACGAGAUGUUAAUCCACAUCAAAGCCUUCAUUACCAACAUUAGAUAAAAUUAAUAGUAAGGUUCGUCUAAUAGAAUCGAUAUAUAUACAGAUAGUAUUGACCAAGGCCUACAGAUGUUGGAUGUUUAUCUAAUCCCUCUCAUUUGGGGCAUCUGAAAAUAUGCAAGCUUUUUCGUUAUUGGAAUGUAUCUUACUCUUUGGAACACAUUUAUCAUACAUAUGCCCCUCA